CCGUGUGGUUUCACAACUUCAGAACGGACAGAGAGCCCCGGACUUCCUGCUUGCUGAUCUCGGAGCUCACUUCAGAGAGACUUAGAAGAAGAAGUCUCACCGACAGCCGUCAAGGGAGCAACCAAACAGACCCUCCAUCUUAUCUGCAGCUCAACCCCGAGACCACUGGAGACAUGGGCAUAUGUUAUAUCCUGGACGGGAUCCUCAUCUUCUACGGCAUCAUUCUCACCGUCUUAUACUGCAGACUGAGGAUGCAUUCAGCCACCAAACCGCCUGCUGAGAAGCAGCCCGCUGAGGGAGGCAUCUAUGCGGGUCUCUACUCUCCCAGUAAUGACACCUACGAGACCAUCAGAACGGAUAAAAAGUCUAUCGUCUGAUCAAAGGAGACUCGGUGCAGAGAGGAUGCUGAGCACAAAAACACAUGUUGAAUCUUUUAAACCUUUAUACUGUAUAUUAAGUUGUUUUUACUUGUUGCGGGCCUGUGCAUAGUGUUUCUAUAUUUACAUUUUCUCCCUUUUUUUUGUAAAGAAAAAAAUAUAUACUACUUUUAUUCCUAAACCUCCUCCUCCUUUCAUGUGCAUGCAUGAAAUGUUAAAACUACUACUGUAAUUUAAAAGCUAUGUGAGCGAGUUUUCACUGCAUGUUGCUCCAUGUUUUUUACGAAAGUCACCAAGAAGACAGAAGUUUAAUUUUAUCUCUUGUUUCUGUUCAUGUUCCCUCUUUUUGUCUUUCACUUCAGACUAUUUGAAAGAACAUGAAAUAGUUUAACCUCAAAAACAGGACUGGAGUAUUUUUUACUAACAAUUAAACUGCUAAUUAUUUUUGGAAUUAAGAUUUCAAUGUAUUAAAUGUCAGGAAAUGGUGAAAAAUAUCUCAGUUUCCUAAAGUCCAAGUGACGUUUACAGAUGUCUGUCUUUGUCUCAUCUGUUCAAAACCCAAAGAAGUUCAGUUUAUAAUGAUUUAAAUCAGUCAAAAUCAGCAAGAUUUCACAACUGACAAGAUGAAAUAUUAAUUUUCUGCCAAACUUGAUUUGAUUAGUCCAAAUUAUGUAGCAGUUUUAGGGGUUUUAAGCUUCUCAUGAGCUUGAGUUACUUGGACUGGAACUUGGACUUGGGAAGAUAUGGUAACUCUUCACACUUUUUACAGAAUAGAACGAAUUUCAAGCCAAUUCAAGUUAAUUUGCUUGAAUUUUGCCUAAAAUUUAGAUUUGACAUAUCAAGCUGGUUAUCCUGUUACAAUGUUUGAAAUACAUACGUUUUGUCUCAACAAGUGUCAUGUCAAUUUUUGAAACUUUUGGUUACUUGAUUUCAGUGAUAUGCUUUAUGUUAACUGCCAUUUUUACCAUUACAUUUUAAUUUAUUAAUUUUUCCCCCAUAUAAUAGCAAUUUUAGGGGAAGAUCUAACAAAAAAAUGGUUUGAAUCGUCUUAACAAACAAAUAAAUCUCACAUCUCUUUUCAUGUUCAUUCACUGUUUUCCCCUGAGGCUCAGGAAACUCACUCAGAGGCUACACCUCCACAAACCGUUGCAACAUACCUGGCUUGUGAAACAAAGGAAGGUCAGGAUAAUCAAAUUUUAGCGUCACAAAUAUAUUUGAACUAUGGUGCAAGUAGUAUUCAUUAAUUAAUGUAUGCGUACAUGUUUCAUUCAUUCUAUCAUUAUCACUGAUUCCCAUUAAACAUCAUAUUACAAUAAGUCAGCAGGUAAACAGCUGAAACAACAGGAACAUGUUCCUGUCAGAGGUAAACAAUCUGGUUAUUGUGGAAAAACCGAGUGUAGAUGAAUUUCACAAGAAAUCGCGCUACGUUCAAUUCCUCCUGGGAAAUUCAAAAUUAUAAUCUUUAGAAUUGUUAUCAUAUGUCGACAUGACAAAGUGUUUUAAUAGAUGUUGAAGGGAAUGUAAAAUUAUGUUUAAUUCAUAUUUAAUUGAAUUAGUUAAAUAUAGAUAUAGAUGCUACUUUGGAAAAAAAAAAUAUUGAUGGAGUACAACUAUUGGGAACAUUUAUGCGCUUGAAUCUUGUAAUCCUGCUGUUAUCAGCACAGGUAGAAGGAAUGUUCAAUGCUGCAAUUUUUGUGUCAAGAUGUAUAGGUCCAAAUAAAUAGGAAAAUAACAUUUUAAUAUUCACACAAUGGUGGGAAAAUAAAGAUUUGUGUCACUUUAAAGCACAUUUAUAAGGCCUGCAUUUGUAUUGCAAAUCACCUUAAGACACUCUUUUACUCAAUGGUCUUUAAAUGUGUUAAUUUCUGCUAAAGCCUCUGUUGGAUUUUGUUUUCUUGUGCAUUGUGUAACCAUGUAAUUUUUUUUAAAUUUAAAUUUUCUUUUAUAUUUUUCCCUGUUCUUUUGUUCCGGUUUUCUCUCUGUACUGUUAAAGUAUUUCAACUGCAUUGUGUGUAAAAUUUUAUAAAGUUGAGUUGAAUUGACUGAUUAAUCUUAAUUGUUAACAUGCGUAGUUAAAUAUCAUUGAAUUUACUUGUUAAAUUGCUGGACUCGCA